AUGUCCUCCCGGCGUCGUAAUGGGAAACCUGCAUCCUGCGAGCCCUGCCGCAAGGAUAAAGUGCGAUGCGACCAUGGCCUCCCCGUGUGCUCGCGCUGUCAGAGACGCAAGACUGACAGUCGCUGUUUCUAUCAUCCAGCGCCUCUCACGCGGUCGACGAGAGGUACGAUCGAUGAGAAAGAUCAGCCACCUAAUUCCAAUCCCGGUGCUAGUCCCAAUUCAUUGCCAUCACGGGUGACACACACACCAGCCGCGACGACGUCUUCCAGCGUGGAAGGAACCAACGAACAGACAGAACAGUCCUUUUGCACCGCAGCCACAGAUACGGCACUCCCCUUGGGUUAUCUGGGCCCAACGAGCUUUGUUGCCUCCUUUGAAGAGGACCGAGAGUUUGUGACCAGCCCCAGCGACGUACCGCACCAAGAUGGAGAAUGUAUCGCGUCUUUGCCUGGCUUGUCGUCCUACUGGGUGCAUCAGACCAUUGCGGUAUUGAACCUUCUAAGGGAGUUCUCCCCGAUUGAGCAACUCGUCGAUGAGUAUUACAGACUUAGUCAAGCAGCUGUCAUCCCUGCUCCGCUGGUUCUGAAUCCGAUGGCCCAGCUCCGAGGGGACGUCGAGGAGUGGAACCGGCUUGGAUAUCCUAACAACCUGGCUACGACUGUGCUUGCGAAUACAGCCAAUUCAUUCCAGGUUCCACCGACCAUCGAGGGGGCUCGUUUCCAUGAAUUGUUUACCGGAUUGCGUCUCCGGCUGGAGAUCAUCGGGGUGAUCUAUGCCAUUGCGGGUCGGACGUCAAUGUUCUCGCUUACUCGCGACAGGGUUCCGGACUAUACUGUACGGAGGAAAUUCGCCCAGAAGAUGAUGGCGGCAAGCGACGCUGUGAUUCAGAUCUGCAAGAUCCUCACCCCGGUUAAUGACCUGACCAUCUGGUUGAUGUAUGAGAAUCUGCUAUUGGUCAGCAUUGUACAUGGGGAUUCAAGCCCUGGCAAGUGGCAUAGACUGGGUGAUUUAUCCACAUAUAUGUUUGAGCUCGGCAUCCAUCGAGACUCUCAGCAGUUGAGCCAGCUCCCGGUUUUCCUUCUCGAGUCGCGUCGACGGGUUUUCGCGGCGGCUUAUCAACUAGAUAAAAGCGUUGCGACCUUUCUUGGACGACCACCGAGAAUAUCACGCCGACAUUCGGACUGCAGACUCCCGAUUGACAUCAGUGACGCGGACUUGGUGGGAAGCCCUUCGGAGUUCGAGCUGGCAUCGAGAUACAUAAAUGGCAGUGGAUGGAACGUUCAGAACGGCUUCCACCGGGCUUCCUGGAUCCGAAUGCGGUUUUUGAUCAGCACGUUCCGAGAAGAGACCUUGGAACUGUCUUUACAGGGAAUGACUAGAGAAACUGCCGACCAGUUAAGGGACAUUUCCAUUCGCUGUCACCAGUCAUGGAACUCAUUACCGGUUCAUAUGCGUUAUACCCCGGGCUGCUGGGACGAGGGACUCUCCCUGGGCAUCUGUCUGAUGCUAUCCGUGUCGUAUCUCGCGUAUCUGUAUAACGAAUUUCUCAUCCAGCGACUCCUCGUGCAGCAUGACCCGGAGGCCCAAUCCGCUUUGUUGGACGUUAGCUCUACCAUUCUCUCCACCGUCCUCUCUUAUGGUAUUCAACGGGAGCAUAUCUUUGAUAUUCAGCGCGAUUUUAUAUGGACGGUCCUUCUCUACGGCUUCCCAAGUGCCGGAGUCCUCAUCAAAGCACUACAGAACCAAGCACGAACUGGCCAUCCCAUCCCGUAUACGGGGUCCCGGUCACGACUGAUCCGCGACCUGAGCGUGUUUGUCUCGCAUCUGGAUGCGAUGGCGCGGCCGGGUAUCGCCAACCAUGAACUGUUUGGUCGCGCCAGUAAAGUGGUCUCCAGCAUCAUCGAUGAGAUCCUGGAACCUCGGCCGGUUUCGUCUGGGCCGGAGCCAGAGAUGCCGGAAAUGUCGUCUGUGUUUGAUGUCUCGGAUGAUAUGAGAGUUCUGGAUAUGGUGGAUUUUGGGGCAGUGUUUGAUCAAUGGAUAUUUUAA